AUUCAGCGCUUCCGCUUAACUUGCCGCAAAGUUUUUCUGGAGAAGUCGGGGUUUUUUUGCCGAGCGCUUUUGCCGACUGCUAGAGCUUACCCUUACUUUCUUAACCUGGGGUUGUUUUACGUCCGGGCUUUUUGAACUCUACACUCUCCUACAUUCUAGGAGCUGGGUGGGAGUAGGAGACGGUGUGCCUCCGCGCUCCCCGCGGGGCAGCCGAACCCCGGAGGAAGGGGCGGAUCGGGCGCGGUGUUUGGGGCGAAGCUGGGCGCGCGGCGCUCGAAGCACUCACUCGGCUUGUUUCGUGGUUGGUGGAGACAGCAAGGGCGCCCCGCAGACCGCACCCCUCGAGCUAUAGGUUCGCAGGCCCGACUCGACGGCGUCCCUAUUGCUGGCCCAGCGUAUGGUCAUUGGGGGCCAUUUCUUGCAGAGAUGCCCUGCUCCCUGACGCGCUCGCUCUUCUCCAGAGUUGGCCAAAGAUAUCAUCUCUUCUUUUGAUCACUGUUCCUGAUUGUGACAUUGUGCAAGUGUUAAAUUGUGUGCCUUUUGUUCCUGAAGAAAGAGGUCCUGGGAUCUUUGAAAUGCUAAGAUUCUUGGAUACCACAGUAUCAUAAAAUUCCUCUAAAUGCAGUGCUGGUGACAUUCUUUACCACGUGUAUGAAAAGCGCAUCUGUGUAGUGGGAGAAAGUGAAGCCAUAAGGAGAUGGGAGAUGGAUGGUGGUAGUGCCAGUUUCAAUCUCAGGGAACAUGUUGGUGCUAGCAAUCCCCUACUCUGUCUGGCCUCUGGAUCUAGCUUGGAGUUCUGGAUUCAUUUCCUUCUUCCUUGUACCUCAGCCUGAGCCUUCUGUCACCCAAAGGGCUCCAGCUGGUUUUUCACUCAGGCCUCACUUUAUCUUCCAAGAUGAAGGAACUGAGACACAGAGGUUGAGACUUGUCUAAAGUAACAUGACCAAUGAGGAAACUGAGGUCCAGAGAAGUUGAAGUUUUCCCAAGGUCACACAGCAGAGCUGGAACUAGAGCUUGCAUUUCCUGACUUCCAGAUUAGUGUUAUUUUUACUUCAAACUAUUACUUCUUGGUGAGUUAUUGUGGGAAAAAUCCUGUAUAUUGAAGAUGUCUCUACACAGUAUCGUUUCCUGUUUAAAUUACAGAUAACUUCAAGAGUUUUCUGAAAAAAAGAAAUUGGGACUUUUUUGGUUAAAUCAUGCCAUCUGAACAGAAACAGUUAUUUUGUGAUGAAAAACAAACUACUUUAAAAAAAGAUUAUGAUGUGAAAAAUGAGAUAGUUGAUAGGUCGGCACCUAAACCAAAAAUUUCAGGAAGUAUUCAUUAUGAACUAAAAAAUGUGAAAAUUGAUUUGCCAAAAAUAAAUAUUCCAAAUGAAGUCCUAUUGAAACAUGAAGUUGACAAAUACAGAAAAUUAUUUCAGAGUAAACAGCAGACUGCAAGAAAAUCUAUCAGUAUAAAGACUGUAAGCUGUGUAGAGGAGUGUACAUUGCUUCAUAAGUCUGAGAGAGCUGAAGAAGAGGGUGUAAAAAUGUCUGCAAAAAUACUCAAUUUCAGCUGUUUAAAAUGCCGAGACAACACUCGAUAUAGCCCAAAUGAUUUGCAGAAACACUUUCAAAUGUGGCACCAUGGCGAAUUACCUUCAUAUCCUUGUGAAAUGUGCAACUUUUCAGCAAAUGACUUUCAGGUAUUUAAACAACACAGACGAACCCAUAGAAGCACUUUAGUAAAAUGUGACAUUUGUAACAAUGAGAGUGUAUAUACUUUACUGAACUUGACAAAGCAUUUCACAUCCACACAUUGUGUUAAUGGUAAUUUUCAAUGUGAAAAGUGUAAGUUCUCCACCCAGGAUGUUGGCACAUUUGUUCAGCACAUUCAUAGACAUAAUGAAAUUCAUUAUAAGUGUGGUAAAUGUCAUCAUGUAUGUUUUACCAAAGGAGAGCUUCAGAAGCACCUUCAUAUUCAUUCUGGUACUUUUCCCUUCACUUGUCAAUAUUGUAGCUAUGGUGCCACCAGGAGAGAACACCUUGUAAGACAUGUUAUAACUUUGCACAAAGAACAUUUAUAUGCAAAAGAAAAACUGGAAAAAGACAAAUAUGAAAAAAGAAUGGCAAAGACUUCUGCAGGACUUAAGCUAAUACUGAAAAGAUAUAAAAUAGGUGCAUCAAGGAAGACGUUCUGGAAACGUAAGAAAAUUAACAGUGGAAGUGACAGAAGUAUAGAAAAGAACACUCAAGUGCUUAAGAAAAUGAACAAAACACAGACUAAAUCUGAAGACCAGAGCCAUGUUGUUCAAGAGCAUUUAAGUGAAGAAAAGGAUGAAAGACCACACUGUGAGAAUAAUGAUAAAGCCCCUGAAUCAGAGUCAGAGAAGCCAACUCCUCUGUCCACUGGGCAAGGUAAUAGAGCUGAAGAGGGACCAAACGCUAGUUCAGGUUUCAUGAAGACUGCUGUACUAGGACCUACACCGAAAAAUGUAAUGAUGAAAAAUAAUAAACAAGCAGCUUCCCCUAACUAUAAUGCUAAGUUUAUGGGCUUCAAGAUGAUGGAUGGAAAACAGCAUAUUGUAUUAAAAUUGGUGCCUAUCAAACAAAAUGUAUGUUCACCAGGCUCACAGUCAGGUGCUGCAAAGGACAGUACUGCUAAUUUGCAGCCCCAGACUUUGGACACUAAUGGAUUUUUAACAGGAGUAACAACUGAGUUAAAUGACACAGUUUAUAUGAAAGCAGCUACUCCAUUUUCAUGUUCAUCUUCUAUACUUUCAGGGAAAGCAAGUUCAGAAAAAGAAAUGACUUUGAUAUCUCAAAGGAAUAAUAUGCUUCAAACAAUGGAUUAUGAGAAAAGUGUAUCUUCUUUGUCAGCAACAUCAGAAUUGGUUACAGCAUCAGUGAAUUUGACCACAAAAUUUGAAACAAGAGAUAAUGUUGACUUCUGGGGAAAUCAUCUCACUCAGAGUCACCCCGAGGUAUUAGGUACCACCAUUAAAAGUCCAGAUAAAGUCAACUGUGUUGCCAAACCAAAUGCAUACAACAGUGGAGAUAUGCAUAAUUAUUGCAUUAAUUAUGGCAACUCUGAGUUACCUGUUGAAUCCUCCAACCAAGGAUCAUUACCUUUUCAUAAUUACUCAAAAGUGAAUAAUUCUAAUAAACGUCGUAGGUUUUCAGGAACAGCAGUGUAUGAAAACCCUCAAAGAGAAUCUUCAUCCAGCAAAACAGUUGUCCAACAACCAAUUAGUGAAUCAUUUUUAUCACUAGUGAGGCAGGAGAGCUCAAAACCAGAUAGCCUGUUAGCAUCUAUUAGCCUUUUAAAUGAUAAAGAUGGAACUUUAAAAGCAAAAUCUGAAAUUGAAGAACAGUAUGUUUUAGAAAAAGGACAAAACAUUGAUGGACAAAACCUGUACAGUAAUGAAAAUCAAAAUUUAGAGUGUGCGACUGAAAAAUCUAAAUGGGAAGACUUUUCUAAUGUCGAUUCACCUAUGAUGCCUAGAAUCACAUCUGUUUUCUCUCUCCAGAGCCAACAGGCAUCAGAAUUUCUGCCACCUGAAGUAAACCAAUUGCUUCAGGAUGUAUUGAAAAUAAAACCUGAUGUAAAACAAGACUCUAGUAACACUCCAAAUAAAGGCUUGCCACUUCAUUGUGACCAGCCAUUUCAAAAACACGAGAGAGAAGGCAAAAUUGUUGAAUCUUCGAAAGAUUUCAAAGUGCAAGGCAUCUUCCGAGUUCCACCUGGCAGUGUGGGUAUUAAUGUGCCUACAAAUGAUUUGAAUUUGAAAUUUGGAAAAGAAAAACAAGUGUCAUCAAUACCACAAGAUGUGAGAGAUUCAGAGAAGAUGCCUAGAAUUUCAGGUUUUGGCACAUUACUUAAGACUCAGUCAGAUGCGAUAAUAACACAACAGCUUGUAAAAGACAAACUACGAGCCACCACACAAAAUUCAGGUUCUUUUUAUAUGCAGAGUCCACUUUUAAAUUCAGAACAAAAAAAAACUAUAAUUGUUCAGACUUCAAAAGGAUUCUUAAUACCAUUGAACAUUACUAACAAGCCUGGGCUACCGGUUAUUCCUGGAAAUGCACUUCCAUUGGUUAAUUCACAAGGUAUCCCUGCUUCUCUUUUUGUAAACAAGAAACCUGAGAUGAUUUUAACACUUAAUAAUGGGAAACUUGAUGGUGUUUCCGCUGUUAAAACCGAGGGUGCCCCAGCUCGUGGAACUGUGACUAAGGAGCCUUGCAAAACACCUAUUUUGAAGGUAGAACCAAACAAUAAUUGUCUUACACCUGGACUUUGUUCCAGCAUUGGCAGUUGUUUGAGCAUGAAAAGUAGCUCAGAAAAUACUUUGCCAUUGAAAGGCCCUUACAUUUUGAAACCAACGAGUUCUGUGAAAGCUGUUCUUAUUCCUAACAUGCUAUCUGAGCAACAGAGCACUAAGUUGAAUAUCUCCGGUUCAGUAAAACAGCAGAAUGAGAUUUUUCCAAAACCACCUCUUUAUACCUUCUUGCCUGAUGGCAAACAAGCUGUUUUUUUAAAGUGUGUGAUGCCAAAUAAAACUGAGCUGCUUAAGCCCAAAUUAGUCCAAAAUAGUACUUAUCAAAAUAUACAGCCAAAGAAACCUGAAGGAACACCACAAAGAAUAUUGCUGAAAAUUUUUAACCCUGUUUUAAAUGUGACUGCUGCUAAUAAUCUGUCAGUAAGCAACUCUGCAUCCUCAUUGCAAAAAGACAACAUACCAUCUAAUCAGAUUAUAGGAGGAGAGCAGAAAGAGCCAGAAUCUUCUAGAGAUGCCUUACCCUUCUUACUAGAUGACUUAAUGCCAGCAAAUGAAAUUGUGAUAACUUCUACGGCAACAUGCCCAGAAUCUUCUGAGGAACCAAUAUGUGUCAGUGACUGUUCAGAGUCCAGGGUAUUAAGGUGUAAAACAAAUUGUACAAUUGAGAGGAACUUCAAUAGAAAAAAGACUUCCAAAAAAAUUUUUUCAAAAACAAAAACUCAUGGAAGUAAAGACUCUGAAACUGCCUUUGUAUCUAGAAACAGAAACUGUAAACGAAAAUGUAGGGAUAGUUACCAAGAACCUCCAAGAAGAAAAGCAACAUUGCAUAGAAAGUGUAAAGAAAAGGCAAAACCUGAAGAUGUCCGUGAAACAUUUGGAUUUAGCAGACCUAGGCUUUCAAAAGAUUCCAUCAGAACUUUGCGGCUUUUCCCUUUUAGUUCUAAACAGCUUGUGAAAUGUCCUAGGAGAAACCAACCAGUUGUAGUUUUGAAUCAUCCUGACGCAGAUGCACCAGAAGUAGUAAGUGUAAUGAAAACUAUUGCUAAAUUUAAUGGACAUGUACUUAAGGUUUCAUUGUCAAAAAGAACUAUAAAUGCUUUACUGAAACCAGUUUGUUAUAACCCUCCUAAAACAACUUAUGAUGAUUUUUCCAAGAGGCACAAAACAUUUAAACCUGUUAGUUCUGUGAAAGAAAGAUUUGUGCUAAAAUUAACACUCAAAAAGACAAGCAAAAACAAUUACCAGAUUGUGAAGACUACCUCUGAAAAUAUUUUGAAGGCUAAAUUUAACUGUUGGUUUUGUGGUAGAGUAUUUGACAAUCAGGAUACUUGGGCUGGUCAUGGGCAGAGACAUUUAAUGGAAGCUACUCGGGAUUGGAACAUGUUAGAAUAGUUUACCAUAAUUACCAAGGAAAAGAAAAGUAAAAUUACCUUAGAAGAAAACAACGGGUUCAAUUACCAUAAUGCAGACAUUUUCUACUUCAGUAUAGUACCUGGAAUCGAACAUUUUAAAAGUUGAUUGUAUUUCUGUGGAAGAGUAAAAGUUGUAUGUAUGAUAUUUGAAAAUGCUAUCCCUGCACUCAAAAGUUUUGAAAGAAACUAAUCACAGCACAGAAGUACCUUGAUUUAAUUUUUUAAACAUGUGUUCUCGGGAAGUUAGGGCUAAAGCAAAUUUUGAUAAAACAAUUUUCCCACUUUAGUUCUUUAGUGACUCUUAGUAGAGGGUAAUGGCUGACACCCCCAUUCCCUCUCUUCUUCCACCAGCCUUAUGCAUCUAAGUGUAGCUCCUCUGGAGAUGGAGAGCUCUUUCAUCAUAGAACUGAAGGAGUUUCUCACAUUUGUGAAGAUACUUUGAGAGAACCUGGGUAAAGAAGUCACUAUAUCUGCUAAAUAUAGUUAUUUUGAAGGAUAUUAGGCUCCUUGAAAGUACAUUUAACUCACUACAGUUACACCUCAUACAAUGCUUGAAGAGUUUUUGGCAAGUAAAUUUUUUUUCCAGUUGAACUCUGUCACUCGUUAGAGAUUGGGAACACUCUCCCAAGGUGAUUUUCUUUUUCUAAGUGACUGUGUCAAACGUUGCAGUAGAUGGGCAGCUUCAAGAGAAGAAUUUAAACUCUUUGUCUCAUUGAAAGUUUGGUUAAAGAACUUGAACAUAUUUCUAAAUUUGAUUAUAUUCUCUGAUGAUCCCCUUGCACAGAACUAUGCUUAUCUCAUUUGUUUGUCCUCCAUAAACAAAUGGCCAUUUUUUUCUUCUUGGUUCCCAUCCCUUUAAAAAGAAUGGAACAUAGGAGCACUUCCAAGGGAGUGGCUUUUCUUGAAAGUUAAAAUUUUUUACCAAAACAGUAUUUUGAAGCAAGAUCAUAUUUUUGUCUGUAUUCACUUUAUUAUUUGAACAUGUCCAAAUUAGGACAAAGCAUUUCUGUUAGCUGCUUCUCAGUGUGACUGACAACCGAAAACAUAUAUACAGAUUGUUGGCAUUUGAAAAAGGAAGCAUCAAUAGUGAACCCAGAGGCAGUGCAUAAAACCUUAGGAUAGAUUCCUAAGGGACAUGCCCAACAGAGUUUUAAAAUGGAUGUUUUCGUGAUGACAACAGAAUCAUAGAUUUAGAUUUUUCACCUUGUAAGUUUGGAUCAAAUUUUGCCGGAUCUUUGGAUAAUGGAGUUCUUGUGUUAAAAAAUUACGUGUUAUAUGAUUUUUUGUUACAUUGUUACAAGUGUUAAUGACAUUUUCAUUAAUGGAUGAAAACUUCAGGGCUUCUUUUCUGUAUAUAACAAAUUAAGUCUGUACAUAUUUUUGUACCUUUUAUGUAAAUUUUGCACAGAAAUUUUUGGCAUAAGUUUAUUUUCUUUCAGUUUAGUUCAGUGCAUGCACUAAUAAAACUGGUUGUUUAAUUUAAAAGGAAUAUAUAAGACUUUACCCAUGUUAUUUUCUUGGUUUUUAUUUCAGAUGUAGAUUUUGUUUUUGAGGUAAAUUCGUUCUUCAGGGAUUGAACACUAUUGUUAGCAAGUGCCUAAAAAAGAUGUGAAACAGUUUACAUAUGUCAACUGUAACAGUAGGUCCCAAAUGGGCCCAUUCCCCUAAUAGUUUUAUUUUAAAGAAAGCCAUACAUAGAAUGCUUCAAGCUAUCUUGCUAUGCACAUUAUACUUGUACUGUUUUGUGCAGUUUGUCUACUUUCUUAGUGAAGUAUUUUUUGUAUAAAAUGUUACAAUUGUGUUUCUUAAAUUGAGCCUAAGAAUGGAGUUAAUUGGAAAUAUACAGUAUAUAUUAAUAAUGUAUAUGGUGUUUAAAGAAUGGUAAGCAUUGUUAAUUUCUGUAAUGAACAUUUUCAAUUAAAUUUAUCUUGUUUGUGUUUA